GUAGUUUUCUAGACCCACGAAAAGAGCAGGAGCUGGAGCUCCGUGCCGCCCAUUCUCCCGCCUUCAUUUCCCAUCGUGCUGAGGCGGGUGGCAUGGCGGAGAAGGAUGACACCGGAGUUUGACGAAGAGGUGGUUUUUGAGAAUUCUCCACUUUACCAAUACUUACAGGAUCUGGGACACACCGACUUUGAAAUAUGUUCUUCUUUGUCACCAAAAACAGAAAAAUGCACAACAGAGGGACAACAAAAGCCUCCUACAAGAGUCCUACCAAAAUACCUGAGAUAUAGUAAUCACUCAAUGAAUAUAAACUGCACUUACUGGCAUGCUCAAGGAAUGGGCUAUUAAGCAAGGUAUCCUGUUAAAAGUGGCUGAAACCAUCAAAAGUUGGAUUUUUUUUUCUCAGUGCAAUAAGAAAGAUGACUUACUUCACAAGUUGGUGGAGCCAUCUCAUUCUUCAGUGAUACUAGGACUGUGGAUAUUGGAUUCCGACUCGACUCAUUACAUACCAUCCUGCAACAGGAAGUCCUGUUACAAGAGGAUGUGGAGCUGAUUGAGCUACUUGAUCCCAGUAUCCUGUCUGCAGGGCAAUCUCAACAACAGGAAAAUGGACACCUUCCAACACUUUGCUCCCUGGCAACCCCUGAUAUUUGGGAUCUCUCAAUGCUAUUUGCCUUCAUUAGCUUGCUCAUUAUGCUUCCUACUUGGUGGAUUGUGUCUUCCUGGCUGGUAUGGGGAGUUAUUCUAUUUGUGUAUCUGGUCAUAAGAGCUUUGAGAUUAUGGAGGACAGCCAAACUACAAGUGACCCUAAAAAAAUACAGUGUUCAUUUGGAAGAUAUGGCCACAAACAGCCGAGCUUUUACUAACCUUGUGAGAAAAGCUUUACGUCUCAUUCAAGAAACCGAAGUGAUUUCCAGAGGAUUUACACUUUUGCUUGACAGGGUCAGUGCUGCUUGCCCAUUUAAUAAAGCUGGACAGCAUCCAAGUCAGCAUCUCAUCGGUCUUCGGAAAGCUGUCUACCGAACUCUAAGAGCCAACUUCCAAGCAGCAAGGCUAGCUACCCUAUAUAUGCUGAAAAACUACCCCCUGAACUCUGAGAGUGACAAUGUAACCAACUACAUCUGUGUGGUGCCUUUUAAGGAGCUGGGCCUUGGACUUAGUGAAGAGCAGAUUUCAGAAGAGGAAGCACAUAACUUUACAGAUGGCUUCAGCCUACCCGCAUUGAAGGUUUUGUUCCAACUCUGGGUGGCACAGAGUUCAGAGUUCUUCAGACGGUUAGCCCUAUUACUUUCUACAGCCAAUUCACCUCCUGGGCCCUUACUUACUCCAGCACUUCUGCCUCAUCGUAUCUUAUCUGAUGUGACUCAAGGUCUACCUCACGCUCAUUCUGCCUGUUUGGAAGAGCUUAAGCGCAGCUAUGAGUUCUAUCGAUACUUUGAAACUCAGCACCAGUCAGUACCACAGUGUUUAUCCAAAACUCAACAGAAGUCAAGAGAACUGAAUAAUGUUCACACAGCAGUGCGUAGCUUGCAGCUCCAUCUGAAAGCAUUACUGAAUGAGGUAAUAAUUCUUGAAGAUGAACUUGAAAAGCUUGUUUGUACUAAAGAAACACAAGAACUAGUGUCAGAGGCUUAUCCCAUCCUAGAACAGAAAUUAAAGUUGAUUCAGCCCCACGUUCAAGCAAGCAACAAUUGCUGGGAAGAGGCCAUUUCUCAAGUUGACAAACUGCUACGAAGAAAUACGGAUAAAAAAGGCAAGCCUGAAAUAGCAUGUGAAAACCCACAUUGUACAGUAGUACCUUUGAAGCAGCCUACUCUACACAUUGCAGACAAAGAUCCAAUCCCAGAGGAGCAGGAAUUAGAAGCUUAUGUAGAUGAUAUAGAUAUUGAUAGUGAUUUCAGAAAGGAUGAUUUUUAUUACUUGUCUCAAGAAGACAAAGAGAGACAGAAGCGUGAGCAUGAAGAAUCCAAGAGAGUGCUCCAAGAAUUAAAAUCUGUGCUGGGAUUUAAAGCUUCAGAGGCAGAAAGGCAGAAGUGGAAGCAACUUCUAUUUAGUGAUCAUGCCGUGUUGAAAUCCUUGUCUCCUGUAGACCCAGUGGAACCCAUAAGUAAUUCAGAACCAUCAGUGAAUUCAGAUAUGGGAAAAGUCAGUAAAAAUGAUACUGAAGAGGAAAGUAGUAAAUCCACCACAUCAGACAAUGAAAUAAGUAGGACUGAGUAUUUAUGUGAAAACUCUCUAAAAGGUAAAAAUAAAGAUAAUUCUUCAAAUGAAGUCUUCCCCCAAGGAGCAGAAGAAAGAAUGUGUUACCAGUGUGAGAGUGAAUAUGAACCGCAAGCAGAUGGAAGUGGUCUGAUCACUGCCCCUCCAACUCCCAGGGACUCAUUACAGCCCUCCAUUAAGCAGAGGCUGGCACGGCUACAGCUGUCACCGGAUUUUACCUUCACUGCUGGCCUUGCUGCAGAAGUGGCUGCUAGAUCUCUCUCCUUUACCACCAUGCAGGAACAGACUUUUGGUGAUGAGGAGGAAGAACAAAUAAUAGAAGAAAAUAAAAAUGAGAUAGAAGAAAAGUAAGAACCAAGAUUCAUAUAAAGUGAUUUUAGAUUGUUCCUUUUACAAAAGUGUUUAGCUUCAAGACUGGAAAGGGAAUAUGAGUGUAAGUUUACUAUAUAUAAAGCUAAGAUGUGGAUUUAGAGGAAGAACCCUGGUUUGAAUAACUGAUCUGAAAUUAGUAGUUACCUGUAAAUGGCAGAUCUUUUAGGAAAAUAAGAGAAAGGUAAGGGCUCUUUUGAAUAAACUGCUGUUUUAUUUGUGGCACAACUGAUCAAUCUUGGAAAUUCUUUAAGUAUUUUUAAUAAGAAAUGAAUUAUCAUUUCUUGCCAGAAUUUGCUACCAUAAGGUGAUUGGGAAAAUUCUGUUGCAAGAACAUUAACAUUUAGUAUGACUCCUUUUUACUGUAUUCUUGCAGUUAAUAACUGCAGCUAUUAUGUUAAUAACAAGUUGUUUGUAUUUUAUUUUUGUUUAUACCAGUCUUAAAGAUCCAGGUUCUGAAUAAAAAAAUUAAUUGAUACAA